CUGUGCUGGGCCCUGCCACAGCCCCGCGCUGAGGGGAGCCGAGGCCGCGCCGAGGGAGCUGCGUUGCGGGACGGGCGGCUGGGUGGGUGCUGUGGGAGAGGGGAAGCGGUGAGAUGGUUGAGGCUGAGACCCCCCGUGAGCAAACCGUCCACAGGGCUGCUGCUGCCCCCUGAGCUUCCCGCUCCGCUCCCGCGGCCCGUGCAUGGGGAACCCACCAUGGAAGUGCCUCCACCACGCAGGGGUCCGACUGCAAGCCAUGCUUACAGGAAUUCACUGGCCACAGCAGCCCUCCCAACCCCAAAAGCUUCCUCCCAUCCCUGAUUGCCGAGGAUGACACCUUCUGCACCAGCAUGGCUGCAGAAAAGGAGGAUUCGUCUUCCACAGAGAUGGAUGUCCCAGCAGCAGACUUGCACAGCAGCACGGAGGAUCUCCUCUCAGACUCCGCUCUCCAUGGCACGGACUAUUACAGAGACCUGGGCCUCCUGAGCCCGCUGCCUGCCAAAGCAGCGCCAGAGCCGGCAGCACAGCCACAACGAGCAGCUCAGGCUGUGGCUGCUGUUCAUUUCCUGGAAGAGAGCCCAGGGGCUCUCAGCACAAUGGCCGUGGACGUUGCUUUCUCCAAUCCCAUCUCCUGCUCGGUACGUUACGGCGAGGCCGACUGCCGCUUCCUGCACAAAGGCCACGCUUGCUCCUGUGCAGCGGUGCCAGAAAGUGGUACCAGCACUUCUGAGUGUCCCAUGGAGGCAGACAAAGAGCUGGACCUGCAGGAGGCUGAGGAUUCCUUCCCCACGCUGGUGAGAUCCAUGUCCACCUCUCGGAGGCACAGCUGGGAGAGCCCGUUAUCACCCGUGGAUUGCAAGCGCAGGUUCAGCCUGGAUACCACAGAGAUGAGCAGUGACCCAGAGCAGGAGGAUGUGCAGAAGGGCAGUCACUUCUUCCCACAGCCUCACGUGUCCCUUCAGCUGCCCAAAGGGGAAAGGUGGAGCAGCACUGGGGGUGGCACAGUGAUCAAAGUGGAGAUAGAGCCGCUGUGCCCCAAGCUCACUGUCAGCCCCAGCUCAGAGGAUGUGGAACACGGCAGCAACGGGAAGAGACUGAGGUCAAAGUCUGUCCCAUCAGCCUGUGAGACAGUUGCCUCUCCUCUCCCAGCCAUGGAAGGUGUUGAACCCCCUGCUCUGGAGAUGCUGGAGAAGGACCAUGUGUCCCCUGACCACGUGUUAAUUGUCCAGCAGGUACUUCAGGAGCUGAAACAGUAUCACGGGGCAAAGCAGAGAGCUUGUGUGCAAGAAGGCAGCAGUUCUUCCCAGCAGAACAUCACCUGGUUUGAGUUCCUCUCUAAUGAAAAUGAGGACGGUGGCAAGAGCGACAAAGCAGAGAAAGGCACAAAGGUGAUGCGGCGUCUGAGCUCCCUGCGGAGCCGAGUCACCGGCUCCUGGCAGAAGGAUAAGGGUAAGAACAAAGAGCUGCUAAAAGACAGAGAGAAGGAGAAAGAGACAAAGGAGCCAAAAGAGAGGUGGAAAGAGCUCAAUAGGCACCAGCUUGUGCCAGGGGUUUUCUCCAGUUGCACCAGCUGCUCACUGUGUGCCAAACCUCUUGUGAAUAAAAGUGGUCUGCAGUGCCUGAAUUGUGCAGUGAAUGUCCAUAAGAACUGCAAGAAUUUACUGGCUGAAUGCAGCAGCAUCAGACCCAAACAGAAAGAUUUGCAGCACAGACCUUCUGGAUCUCCACAAAGUUCGCCCCAGUGCAUUUCCCCAGCCGCUUCUUUGAAGGAGCAGCCCCGAAGUCUUCUCCUGGGACCGGAUGGCACCCCAGUACUCUCCCGGAAUCUCGGUAUGACUAUCACCCAAAGAGGAAAUUCUCAGUCUUCACUGAAUACUGCUGGAGCUGUUAAUAAAUUUGGACUGCUUUCAGGAGACAUGGAUGAAGGCGAUUCAGGCUUUAUCAAGUUUAAGCAAACUUCAGAGGAUGUGGUCUCACUUGCACCUUCAACAGCAGACUCCAUUUUUCUGGAAGAUGCUUAUUCUCUGUCCCUCCGAAGUGAAAUAGAAGCAGAUGCUCAUGAGUUUGAGGCAGAGUCUUGGAGUGUUGCAGUGGAACAGCCUUAUGCAAAAAGGCAAAAGAAAGAUGUUAUAAAAAGGCAAGAUGUCAUUUAUGAACUAAUGCAGACUGAAAUGCACCAUGUUAGGACACUGAAAAUAAUGCUGAAGGUAUACUCCAGAGCCAUGAGAGAGGAACUCCAGUUUCCAAAUGCAGUCAUUAACAAGCUCUUCCCCUGCGUGGAUGAGCUGCUGGAGAUGCAUGGACAAUUUCUGCUCCAGUUAAAGGAGCGACGAAAGGAGUCCUUGGAAGAAGGCAGUGACCGAAAUUAUAUCAUCCAGAACAUUGGAGACCUCUUGGUAAAACAGUUUUCAGGUGAAAAUGGGGAGAGAAUGAAAGAAAAAUAUGGUGUGUUCUGCUGUGGACACAAUGAAGCUGUCAGUCACUAUAAAGACCUGCUCCAAAGCAAUAAGAAGUUCCAAAACUUAAUAAAGAAAAUUGGCAACUGUUCCAUCGUGAGGAGACUGGGUGUUCAGGAGUGUAUCCUGCUGGUUACACAGCGCAUCACCAAAUACCCCGUCCUGGUGGAACGCAUUAUCCAGAAUACAGAAGCUGGAACUAGAGAUUAUGAAGAGCUGACCCAGGCCCUGAGUUUAAUUAAGGACACAAUCACUCAUGUGGAUGCCAUGGUAAAUGAGUGUGAGAAGGGGCAACGCCUUAAGGAGAUUAUGCAUAAAAUGGAGCUGAAAUCAUCUGGGAAAUGCAAGAAUGGUCUUUUCUUCCGGAAGGAUGACAUGGGGCAGAGGCGACUUCUGCUGGAUGGGAUGCUCUACUGGAAAGCUGCAUCAGGGCGACUCAAAGAUGUUCUGGCAGUCCUGUUAACUGAUGUUUUGUUACUCUUACAAGAAAAGGACCAAAAAUACACGUUUGCAUCAGUGGACUCUAAACCACCAGUUAUCUCGUUGCAAAAGUUGAUUGUAAGAGAGGUGGCUAAUGAGGAAAAGGCAAUGUUCUUAAUUAGUGCUUCCUUAAAAGGACCAGAAAUGUAUGAAAUUCACACAAACUCCAAAGAGGAGAGGAACUCCUGGAUGGCACACAUCCGCAGAGCUGUCGAGAGCUGCCCUGAUGAAGAAGGAGGGGCGUUUAAUGAGCCUGAAGCAGAGAGGAGGCUGGCUGAAGCCAGAGCUGCUAAGUUAAAAGAUUUUCAAGAGCGUUUGAACAUGAAAGAUGACCUGAUUAUGCAAAGUCUAACUGAGAAGCAUCAGAUUUAUCUAGAAAUGUCUGAAAUGAAUGGCUUUGAAGACCAUUCCCAAGGAUCCCGAUCUAGGCUGCUGCUUCGAGGGGAUAUCUCAGAAAAUCUCCAGGGAGAGGCAAUUCUGAAGUCUGCAGUGACAGAAGCUGAAAAUCUCCAGAACCUUAUCUUCACUCACUUAGGCAAUGCAUCCUGCCAGCCUGAAGAUGGCUCAGGACUCCCCAGGAGAGCAGAGACUUUUGAAGGAUCUGACAGUAGUCCCUCAAUUUCAAAUAAAAGUGGUAGCUUUAGGAAGAACAGUGGUGGCGACCAGAGACAGUGGGACUGGAGAGGCCCUGCAGUAAGUUCAGAUGUGCAACUCCAUGACCUCCUUUCUGAUGCAGAAGAAGGAUCUCAAAAUAGUGAUGGAACAAGGCUGGAUGACAGCAGUGGUUUUCAGACCACCAUAGAGUCUCAGCUUGUCCAAAGGAUACAAAUGCUGUUACAGUUGCUCUUCAGUCUUCAGGCAGUGAUAUCUCAGCAGGACAGCUACAUUGAGAUGCAGCGAGCCACCAUGGCCGACCGGGAGAAGCAAUACCGGCUGCAGUCUACACGGGGCAAUCUGCUGCUGGAGCAGGAGAAACAGAGGAACUUUGAAAAACAGAGAGAGGAACUGAUGAAUGUACAGAAACUUCAGAGCCAGCUGAAGCUGGAGCAGCAGCGCCUGGAACGGGAACGGAGUCGGCAGCAAAGGGAGUUUGAAAGGACAGAAGCGCGGCUGCAGGAGCGUGAAGAGGAGACGCGGCAGCUGCGGGACAAGUUGAACCAGGAGAGGGAAGAGCUGGAGAGGCAGCGAGAGGCCUAUCAGCAUGACCUGGAGAGGCUGCGGGAAGCUCAGAGAGCAGUCGAGAAAGAGAAGGAGCGUCUGGAUCAGCUAAGGAAGCUGAAGAAGCAGAACACGGUGUCAGGCACGUUUUCCCCAGAGAUGGGACAGAGCCAGAUGCUCAGUCAUUCUGUUAGCUUCAAUGGAGAAGGCACAGAACCAUCUCCCCCCAUCCUGAAAACCUCCAUGAGAGUGAGUGUCUCUGGGAUGGAUUACCUGGAACGUCCAGACUUGGUUCGUAGGGACAGCACCACCCUGGAGAAUCGGCCGGUUCUGACGCUGAAGAAUGAAGUGCCAAUACAUCUCCUGAGUGCAACUAAUCAGAUACAGAAACCAGCUGCAGUCCAGCAGCAGAUUCCUACUAAGCUGGCCACCUUCACAAAAGGGAGCAAAGAGAAAAGUGGGAAGAACAAAGCAUCUCAUAGGACAGACAGUUCAGCAUCUGUUGAUCAGAAGCAGCUGCUUCCCCCCAGGCUUCUUGGACGAGAGGAAGGUGUCCUGAGGGGCAGACGGUCAGCAAGUCCAGUCCUCCCAAGCCCCCAGAACGCUGCAUUCCAGCCAGAAUUGUAUGGCCCUACAGAUGCUCAGCCAGAAGCACUUUCAUCUGCCUCAGCGAACCUAUUUAAGCCCAAUAACGUUCACAUUCAGACCCUGGUGACCUCUCAGCCAAGUCUGUUAGAUGUGCAAGAUGAUACCAGCAAAGAAGAUGUGAUUUUCUUCUAAUUAUUUCCAUGUAAAGAUUAAUCUUCUUACAUACUGUUUCAAGAACUCAGGCCCCAGUGUUCAACAUGACAGAGACCUGACAUGGAUGUCUUUUUAUUCCUGCCCCAUUACUACUAGCAAGGACCAGACCAGGAUUACUGUUCUGCUUUGUUGGCUUCUCUGCCAUCAGCUCAGAAUAAGGGCACAGUAGUAGCAAUUUGGUUUUAAAUUCUCUGAACAUGGGAAGGUAUUGACAGAGGUGACAUGGGUAUGAAAUUGAGAGUGGUUUAAAUUGCUGCUGUGUAUUGUAAUGAGUUCUUUUCAGAGAAUGUACAGUCUUCGUGGGCUCCAUCUUGUAAAUUGUUUUAGUUGAUGUUGAACUGCCUUGAUUUUUAUGUAAAAAAAAAAGGUAAUAAUUUACUAGUAGGCCCCAAAAUAGCUGCAAAUCUUGGAGUCCAUUUUCACAGGUUGAUGUAAUGGGUUAUGCUGGUGGUGUGUUGAUAACUCAUUGACUAGCAAGCCAGUCUCCUUACAGCCAGGUGUGACAGACACUGUGAUCCCUGCUCCCAGGAGCCAGACUAGUGUCCCUGUUUCUGUAGUGAAUUCAGUGGAGCACAUGCUCAGUGGCCAGCUAUAGAGGAAGAGAAGAAGGUAAGCUUCUGAACAGAGUCUUCGUGGGUCGGGAGCUCCACCUGCCUGUGGAUGAGAAGAGCUGGAUAUGUGGGAAUAUACAACAGUGAUGAAGAGUUGGACUAAAUGCACAUUUCAUUGGCCUUCAGCUUGCACUGGGAUACCUGGCUCCUUGGAGACCCUGGGUAACUCUCUGUGUCAGUCAGAGCCAUACAGAUUCCCCAGCAAAUCUCAAGAGUUGGUUCAGAAUGAACUUAGAGACUUGGAUUUUGUUCUUUGCUGAAGACAUGGAGAAGAAGGCUUUGAAUGCAGUAAUUUAUUGUCUUGUUUAAUCCUAAAGUUUCCUGCAUCCUUUGUUUGUCUAUUAACUUGUUGGGACUUUACUCCAAGUACCAGAAGAUAUCAAAGCUGCUCUUGCUGCAGAGGCUUCUCUGCAGCACUGUGUUAGGAAUGAAGGGAAUAAAAACUCUUUAGUUUUAACUUUGUUAAUUAAUAAUGACAGGAAUACUCUUGGCUACACCUGUGGUUUGGCUGCUGAGAUCUAAACUAGCUUUGAUACCUCUUGUUAAAUGGGUCAGUUCUUAAUCAUGAAAUAGUGGUGACAUCAAGUGUUCCCCUCAAAUGGCAUUAUUUCCCUUUGUAGUAAUUUGCACAGUCCUUUUGUUGUGUCGUUUUACUUCCCUCUGUAUCUCAGUUCUUCAUGACACACAUCACCCAAGGAUGUGUAUUCCAGUAUGUGUUGAACGUGACUGGUCAGAUAACGUUGUGCACAGGAGAGAUGGUUGAGAAGGUGUUACUACAGAAUGAAUCAGUAUCUCAGACCUUAAAAUCUCAGAUUAAUGCCUUUCAGCACAGGCUUGAUCAUAGCUUUCCUCAUACCUUUAACUCUUGUUGUACAGUGAUUUUUAGCACUAGUGGAUAGAGUGGCCUGGUCAGUUCUCCAGCCAGUCACAUGGCAAUGACAUCAAAUGGCAGUGUGUCUCCUCAGUGUUUGAGCCCUAUGGGAUGUUAGUGAUGUUCUUUAUGGCAGUAACUUCACUUUCCUUCAAAGUUUUAAAGUUGUUUCAGUAGUUACAGUGCAAGACAUGAUGCAUUUUCAGCAGAAAGUACAGUUUCUUUCCAAGUGGUGAUAAUUUGGGUUGCUGUCUUCAGACAAGAAAUUGAAAAAUGCAGCUUUACUGGUCAGUGUGAGAGGGGCAAGAUAAGCUACAGAGUCCUGAGCUGGCCUUGGGGAGCAAGCACUCCUUGCUGUAACACUUCUUGGAUUUAAGGGUAUUUUCCUUUGCUGACCGGUGCUGAUAUCAACCUGAAACAGUGGCACUGAGUUCAGUGAGAGGAAACCACAAACCAUCUGGCUUGUUACCAGACUGGCAAUACUCCUCCACUCCCCAACAAGUUAUUACUAUGAAAUUAGACACACUGGAUAGCACCAAAGGUAUCAUCCUUGCAGGAUUCACAGAGGUUAUCAGUGGGUAGAUUGGCAGCAAACAGUGUGGGGAACACAGCAACUCUUGCCUUGUUGCCAUACAACGUUGGUGAUGGUUAGAACCUGCCUGUGUUCCUUUGGGGAUUCUUGAAAUUGGUGCAACUUAUCAGCCCAGCAUGUGAGAUCCAUCAGCUCUAUAGGACUGGGUUUUAUUCAGUCAGAUGAGAUGGAGACUUCAGUCAUCUCUGAUACCAGUGUAAUCCCUCCUGUAAACAUCCAGGGAAGCAGCAGGGGUGCACAGGAUGUUCUCCCCCUCGUGCUGUGCUUUGAGCCACUCCUAAUGAACACUCUGUGCCCCUAUUGCCUUAUAUGAUCAGAUUUAGGGGAGUUUUAGCCUAAAACUAAGCUGUGUUAAUGGAAUAAACCACCUCAACCAAAGAGAGAUGUCUCUGGGUGUUUGAGAACAUGGUUUGUUGAAGCAUUUACUUAAACUUUGUGCCUGUCCUGAAGUGAUGGAGAGAACAUUCUAUGGACUGAAGGAGUUUAUUUGGCCACUUUCUUCUGUGCAAUGAAUGAACUCAGAUACAGUGAUAGCCAGAAAACAAAGUCUGCCCUGAGGUCUCAUUUCUUGUAAUGUUUUAACUUAACCAUGACUGUUUUAAUGCUCAUUAUCAGCAGUGCUUCAAAUAAGUCAAGGCUGUUAGCAAGUGGACCUUGGACUGUUACAGGCUAGGCUGCUGAUUCAGCACCCCAAAAGCUCCUUGGAGUAUGUGUCUUCAAUCUGUAACUGAGAAAAUACCUUCAAAGUCAUCAUCUGUCCUCAGUACACACAGCUGCCCCUAGCUUUAUGAAGACUGUUUUCACCCUGAACACAGACUGCAUCUUCUUUUACUUGGGUCCAAAUCACUGAAGUGCCACACAAGGUAUUCAUGUGGCUUCCUGUUCAGUCCUGUGCCCAGAGUGGAGGUUUUAGAACGAGCAAAUGCUGUGAGAUCUCCUUGCUAGUGUGGAGUUUAUCUUACCCAGAGGAUGGUGAAAUUCUUUGUGGCAGGCUGAGGCAAGUGUCAGAUUUUUCUUUAAAUGAACAACAGGUCAUCUCUUCUGCAAAGCUGGAGUUUGUGAAAUUGUGAUCAAAUCACUCCAGGUGAGUGAACUAGUUUUGGACUCUUCAACUCAAAUCUGGUUCCUAGAAAAGUGACUCUUCUAGGCAAAUGAGUUUGCAAAAUACUGCUGUGUCCUGGGCUAAGUAACCUGCUGCUGAUUCUGACUCAUGUCCUCUCCAUUUGACUUCUUGAUUGCUUGAGAUAAAAGUUUCCUUUCAAAUGAUGUCUGAGGAUUAGACAGCUGAACAUUCUGUGCCUCCCAGGUGCCUUUCAGCUUCUUUCUAGGCUGGGGUGUGGAGGAAAUUGCAGCAGGAGCUUUGAACUGCCUCCUUCUUUGCUUUGUGUCACAGCUUUAAUAGCUAUUGUCACGUUUUGUCCUUUAGUAUUGUGAUGUUGCCACGUAGAGGCUGUUUCUGUGGUUCUGAUUUCCAGUUUUAACUUGUUAAAAGAUGCUUCCUCUUCCCCUUCCCAUCUGGAAGAUGAUAACUUUGUAUUUCAGGCUGAGGAGCCCUCCAUGUUCACUAGUACUGAGCACAUCUGCCCUGUGUGUGUCGUGAACGCUUCCCUAGUUUUAACCUGUGCUAUGUGUGGAUUGUAGUUGUGGCAAGUCCCACAAAUUGAGAUUCAUUUCCCAGUGUGAGGCAGAAGAAUUGGUAUUUCUAGAGAUGUUUGCUCAUCCAGGUAGUAGCAUUCCUGCAAAGGCAGGAGCAAUUGUAAGUAAUUUUGCAGACAGUUUUGUCUUUAUGAGUAAUAGUCAGAUGAUCCUGCAUACAUGGAACUUCGUGUUUGUCAUUUGCAUUUACGAUGGAAGUUGAAACUCAAACUAGGAAAGGGUUAAAAAACACAGAUUUCUGUUUUCAACUCUGCAGAAUAGGAGCUGAGGCUCCCUGGUGCUGCUCAGUGGAGUCCCCGUGUGUUGUGCCCCCCAGUGCAAGGGAAUUGAGAGCGUUUUGUUGUCUUCCCCAGCAGAUCUCACAUUCACAAGAGGAAAAACUACACCCUUCUUGACUGCAGGUUGCAUGUGUGUCUGUGCUGUCCUUGCCUCCCCUUCCUGCUGAAUAGGUAAAAGAAAAAGCCUUUUCCCCUGCUCUCUCUUUGGAGGCCAGACCCAACGUCUCUAAGCGCCGGCGGCUCUUUGUCGCCUGCCAUCGGCGUGUUCAUCAGACACCGUUUCUGUGAGCUCUGGUUCAUACCAUUUGUGCCAUGUUUAUAAAUCCUUUUUUUUUCUUUUCUUUUUUUUUUUAAUAUAUUUUUGUACUGAAAGAAAUCAGAGCACUUUAGUAAAGUUUCUUUCAAUUCCAUUUCUGUUUGUACCUGGAAGGAAACCUCUCAUGGAAGUAGAUCCUCUCGGCGUAACCACGUGCAUCUCACUCAGAGCUGUGAACUCUCUUGAUGCUCUUUAGUCUUAGGUCUGGUUUCUAGGCCCACCUUGCACUGUAAAGAUUUACUAACCAAUCAUGGUCCAUGGUUAAAUUGACCAUUUUGUUGGGGGAAGUGUUUGGGUUUGGUUUUACUUUGUUAGGCUGUAAACAUUGUAAAUAAUUCCUUUCCUGUUGAUACUGCAGUAGCAACAUCUUUGUAGUCUUUAUUUUAUUUGUAAAGUUGAUGGCUCAUGUUAAUAUUCUGUUGACUUGUGCACUCCUGAUUAACUGUAAACUUGAUCUGAUGAUGAUUUUUACAAUGAUUGCAAUGUUUCUCCACUGAAGGAUUUCAGAGCUGCAAUAGGACUGAAACCAACUUCUAGCAAUAAUAAAACACAUAAAAAUUAAA